AUGCCGCAAUACGAUUGGGACCAGUUCCUGGCGUUGCUUACCGAAGCCGAAAAGCGUCGCAUCCUUGCGAUGUUCUGCUUCGCCACAGCACCUCUCAGCUGCGAUUGGGAGAAAGUCGCCACAGCGACUAGAUCCGCUUCAGCCGCAUCCGCUCACAACCUUCACACCAACAUGAUACGUAAGCUCAGAGGCGCUGUACUCAAGGCCACUAAAGGCAACGGCGAAACUUCUGCUGCCGUGGCGAACGAAACCCCAGAUACCACGCCCAUCGCGCCAAAGAUACCAAAAACGCCCAAGAAGUCAUUCAAGCGCAAGACUGAGGACGAGACUGAGGACGAGACUGAGGAUCCGAAGCCAAAUAAAUUUCGCAAGCUGGACUCUACCCUGCUCACGCGGUUCGACAGGGAUUUGAUGAGCUCGAUGCGCAAGGAGGAGUAG